GGCCCGGGCCCCUGGGUUACAGUGAGGUAAAUCCCCGGGCCCGGGCCUCUGGGUUACAGUGAGGUAAAUCCCCGGGCCCGGGCCUGAACAUUGUCCCGUCCGCGGGUCGGCCUGAGUCCUCGAUUGGAAGUAAAGGGCGCGGUGUUGUUGAAAUCGGCUGCUCGGUUUUAAACGGCUGGGCCUGUCUGGAAGUUUCUGUUAUCUCCGGGAGAUGUGAGUGUUUGCGGGUCGUAGGGACCCUGCCCUCCCCUCCAGGGAUUUGGGGGCUCCCUGCCGUGUUUUGCAGGGGCUUGGGGUUUCCCUGUGCUCCCUUCCAGGGGCUUGGGGUCUCCCUGCGCUCCUCUCCAGGGGCUUCCUUGCCGAGUUUUGCAGGGGCUCGGGGUCUCCCAGCUGUGUUUUGCAGGGGCUUGGGGGUGAUCUGCUGACCCUGAGCCCAUGUGACCUGCCUUGGCAGCUGAUUUUGGGGCUGGGCUGGGUGGGGAAUGUCAUGGUGGGUGUGUAGGCUGGAGACCAUUCAGUCUGUCUAGCCCUGCUGGACAGUCUUCACCUUUUACAUUGCCACUUGAGACCACCACCUCCCCCCACCCUUCACCUGCCUUUUGGCUUCAGUUGUUGAGCAGUGCCUCACUGAGGGAGUGCUGAUCUGUCAGAGGUGCUGUCUUUUGGAUGAGCCAUCCUCCCAACCCUUUCUCUGUGAAUAAUAUUUGGAAGAGAGGCAACAGAGUUCUCACCAGUAUCAUCCUCAUUGUUCAUUAUCAAAUUAGCAUCGCUCUAUAAGUCAUUGUUGGACUGCUGUUUGUGGAGUUUCCUGUCAAGAAGUUGUCUGCUCUGUUACACUAUCUUUAUUGCCCAACAAGUAGUUAUGAUCUAAACAAGAAUGCCCUGAUUGAGGAUGAUGGAGACCGUUUCUGUCAUGCUUUCAAAGAGUUGGAUAAUUGGAGAAUAAAUGUCUGCUAUUGUGGGGAGCAUGUAGGAAAAUGGAAUUACUCCAUACAAAAGCAGUUGGCAUGGCCAGGCAAAUGGACUUUUGUGCUGAGUUUUGUGCUUCUGUGACUUUUAACUCUGUACGUUACAAUAGCGAGACUUCAAAAGUACUUUAGGUGCUGUAAAACUCUGGGGAACAUCCUGAGGCCAUUAAAGUGCUAUGCAAUGAAUUCUUUUAUUUAUCAAAUCAACUCUUAGCAUUCUUUCAAGUAUCAUGUUCUUGAUUCCAACAAAUCUCCAAGUGUAGUGACAUUCUCCUCUCCCCACUCACCAAUGAUUUUUAAAUGUUGCUGACCCACUCAGCAGAGAAAACAGCCAUUCUCUGAGAUGUUUGAGAUAGUGAGAUGUGUUGCUUUCACUUCAUCUUCACUGUCAGACCACCACAGUGAUGGAGAUUCUCCCAGAAUUGAGUUUUCUCUGCAACAUUUUAAAGGAAGAUGGCAGAUUGUUGAGGGCCUUCAUGCCAUUGUGGUAUCUGACAGAGAUGGAGUACCUGUGAUUAAAGUUGCUAAUGAUAAUGCACCCGAGCAUGCACUGAGACCUGGAUUCCUCUCCACCUUUGCUCUGGCAACAGAUCAAGGAAGCAAGUUGGGACUUUCAAAGAACAAGAGCAUCAUUUGUUAUUACAACACUUACCAGGUUGUGCAGUUUAAUCGGUUGCCCUUGGUUGUUAGCUUCAUAGCCAACAGCAAUGCUAACACAGGAUUGAUUGUCAGUCUGGAGAAAGAGCUCGCACCGUUGUUUGAAGAGCUUCGUCAGGCAGUGGAGGUUUCAUGAAGAGCCAAAGCCAACGAAUAGAACAUCUCAAAGAUUGUGAACUUAUUGGCACAGCAUGCAGUUCCCAGGAUUUCAAGUGUUGCUGUUAAAGACACUGAGUUUAAAACAUCCUAAACUGAGAAUUGGAUCACAAAUGACUAAGCUGUUGGUCUGCUUGACACCUUACUGCCACUAAUGUGUUUCUUUAUGAAAAAUUAGUAUUUCUGGUAUCCUGAACUCAUGGGCUGUAAUUGGUUUAUUUUCAAGGCAGAAGGAAGAGGAGAAUCCUAUAACUGGCUUUAAAUUACAUUCUUUGUCUGGUUUUAAUGCCCAAGCUGAAGAUCUUGUUACUAAAGUGAUGCACAGCUGCAAAAACUGUAGGUGUCAAAAUUCACUCAUGCAUGUUUUGAUAUCUUGCUUGUAAAUGAAGAACCAGGAAGUGAUGAUCAUUCACUGAGUGCAAUACAAUAUGGAAUAAAACAUGAGUACUUAAAGCA